GCAUCGUGACCGCGCAGGUUCCACGGCCCACGAGUGAGAGUGUUGUCGGUGAUGACUGAUAAACUUAUGCUAAUACCAUCGAAGAAAUGGGGUGAAGAAUAACCACUCCGCUGAUAUUAGAUAGCAGGGAUGCGAUCUCACGGAACAGAUUUAGGACGAUCCCAGAGGUUCUAGUUUCCCAGGUAAACGGCGUCAAAAUGUAUUUAUGAACAUCCUGAUGAGGGGUUUCUCACUUGCCGUGAUGAGGAAUGAUUACGUACGUGGUAGGUAAUUAUGUGUUGGUCGAGAGGAGGGGUAAAACUUGGCUGAAGCUGAAACUGAUGUGGAAUGGAUUCUGUUGGCUGCCCGACGUGGAUGUUGGGUGGGUUACAUACUAUCAUCUAUUUCUAAGUACCUAUAACAGAAGUAUCGUGCGGCAAGUAGUUACGGCAUUCGCCAUAGUUAUAUAUAUAUAUAUAGGCAAGGAUACCAUUAAUUCGGGUCAUAAGCUAUUCAUCUGCAGUAUCUUGUACACCUAUUUCCAGGGAACUACCCUAUGAUCUUAGCAUUUAUUUCUGUACUAGUCAUUGUUC